AACAUCAUAGAGGUGGAUAGAAAUGCACUUGCAGUGAAAACAAAAUUGUCAAGACCUAGAGAAAGCCAUAAUAUAUUUGCCAAGAACAAGCCUUCUCUUAGUAAAUUAGGCAUGAGUCAGCAAUCAAGCAACAGCUCCAAAUCCAAAGAUGAUCUGGUUGGGUAUGAUGGCCUUGGAGGCCAUCACAAGGUAGACGAAUUUCCUAAACCAAAGAUGGCAUUUAUGAAGAAAAAGACAGGGGUCAAAGUCAUCACAAAAAGAGGCUCUAAACAAACAACGCUAAUAGUUGUGUUUCCUGUUGAUGAUGGUGUUUCUGUGAAGUCCAUAGCCCAUGUCUCCAGCCGCUUCCAGGAAGCGCAAACAGCCAUUUGAAGUGCCUCUUCCUCCUGAUGAGCAAACUAGGAGUUCUGGUCAGCAGAUUGCAAGCAUAAUGUGUCCUUUCUCUUCAUCAUAUGCUUUGUCAUCCUUUCUGUCUCUUGAGACUCUUGUCCCUCCCAUACACAGAAGAGGAAGAAUGGGAGAUCCUAGAAUUUUCUUAAGAAGUCCAAGAUGUCAUCUCAGGCCUCUUUGGAGUGUCAGACCAUUCUUGGUGCAAGCAUCACUUGUAUGCAAGUUCUAGUCUACAGAGAACAAGGAUUUGACUAUGAAAAUCUGGCUAUAAAGACAGGUGCAGGGGCAUUUUCAGCCAAUUAGCACCAUAGAAUGAUAAAGAGUCUUCCUGUGAACAUACACUACACACUUUCUCACAUGUUACAGCUAUGCUAAAUGCUAAUAUAAAGGAAAGUGUGGUAUGGAUGAGUGUUGCUGUUUCAUCAGCAUCAUUUAGUGCUUGUGAAGAACAAAAUAAAAUUAUGAGCAAAUAUAUUGGACAGUUGGCUUGAAAGUCAAGAUGUGGGUUAAAUAUACAAUAGCAAUAACAAAGAUUCUCAACUUUGAGUGGGGCUAACCAGAAGGAUUUGAUUUCAAUAAAAAAAUUGCUUAUUCAUUAGUUAAAGCAUUGUAAAACCUUGAGAAAGUUAAUUUGCUGAUUGACAAAAUAUUUUUUUAGUGCUUUAUUGCAUUCUUUACACAAAGCUGCAUGUAAAUUGUUAAAAGAAAUUUUAUCAGAAUCUUCAACACUUUAUCCAUUAAUUUUUUAAGGAUUAGCAGUUGUAAUAAUACAGUAUGUAUCUAAUUUCAUUAAGAAUGAGCCCUUGGGGGGUAAAAUUGGUCUGUUUAACUUUUCAAAAUUAUAACAAUAGUACAGAUUGACUUUUACAUGGUGUGAUUAAUUUGGUCUUGUCUGUGAUGUGUAGUUUUCUGUAUUUUACAUAUGGUUGUUCUAAAAAACAAAUAUUUGUUGUUAGUACAUACUUAAAUAUUUCCACACCAGGUACUGCUCUUGAAAAUUGUCAUUCACUUUUUUUUUUUUUCUCCCAGUCAACUUAUGUACUUUGUCAAUAAACAGGCAUUUGUCCAUUGCACUUCAAGAUAUGUUUUGCCGAUUAUUUUUAGCAGCAGUUAGUUGAGAGGAGAGCAAUUUAUCAUGAGCCACAGCUGUAAGGACUGUCACACUGCAGUCAAGGUACCGUAGUUUUUCACUACGCGUUUACAGUAGGUGUGGUAUUUAUGACCAAGUUAUAAAAUCUUUAAAGACGAGUCUCGUGCAUUCAUGUACAGGUUUUUGUUGCUUUACCUGAACAGUUAAGAUGUUUUCCUCAUUGCAAUGCUUAGUUCCAUAUUUUCAAAUAUGUAGCUACAGUUUGGGUCCAAGUUACAAAGUGCUAAUAUGGUUUCAGUUGAGCAUAUCGUCAUUAUUUUAACAUCAGCUAAAAAGUUAUUGGGAGGGGUUAUAGUUUUGUCAUGCUUAUUCAUCUCAUUCUUUGUUAUAUGUUGCUGAGUGUAGUUAUUUAAAUUAAUGUGUUGUACAGCCUAGCCCUUUGGAGUUUAAAGAGUUUAGUUACGUGCUUACAAUAAUUAAGAGUUGACAGACCUCCCUAAUUUUGUUGAACUCUACUCUAGUAUACUGAGAGCUAAAUUAUUGUAUUAUAUAUAAUCUGUAAAUACCUUCCUAACUAAAUAUAUCUUUAGUGAAAGAAUUCCACUUUAAACCGACCCCUCAGUUUAGUCCAUAACAUUUAUACCUUAUGAGAAAUCACUUACUAAUUAGAUUUUCAUCAAGUGAACAGAUAAAUUGGCAAAUAAAUACUACAUAAAUCACUAUAAGGGAAAAUAACUCUAACAGAAGUUU